AUGCCUUUUCCAUCUAGGCGCAAAGUUCUUCUUGUUUCCUCACUCUUGUUUGCAUGCCUAUCCGCGCUCCCAACGGUGGUUUAUCGGGAAGCUUCUACCCCUCCUGAAGAAGUCUGGGCACGCGAUUGUUUUGUUUGCCGAGGCGAAAGGUUUGGGGCCAAGGACAAUUGCAUGACUUACGACGAGCAUGUUACUUGGCCCGAAGAUCUAAUUUCCGCAAAUAAAGACCCGUGGAUAUCGACAUCUACUGGCAAAGAUUUCGCAAUCUUUUGGGCCAAUUUUAAAUUCCUCAAAAUUGAAAGUUAUGUUUAUCAAAUUUCUUUGGCCGGUAUCGAAAAUAAGGCACUCGAUAUCGACGAAGCAUAUAAAAAGGAUGGCAAACAGCACCCUCGUUCGAACGAAGGUGAAAUCGCAAUAAAAGACGCGAUUCCUUGGUCAAACGUUCAAGGCUGGUAUAUUAUAAGGCCAGGC